ACUCUCUCGACUCACGUUUCUAGUUUCUACUCGUUUUUGUUAUGUUAAGAUACAAAGUGCAUUAGUGCAAUAGCUAUAGCAUGUUGUCAAUGAACAAAACAUCUCAAAGGUUUUGGUACAUCAAUUUCCUCCCACAUAGCACUCUCCAACGUCUCUACCUGCCAUUCAAACCACCAAGUAUACAAACCACUUCUCAUGCCACCGUAAAAGAUUCACAAACCACCCUUGUUUUAAGCUUACAAAGCCUCACAAACCCCCCCAUAUCCUAUUCCAAGCUCUUAUCACUAUGUGUUGCUUCAAAGUCCCUAACUUCAGGUAUGGAACUCCAUGCCCACUUGGUCAAGUUUGGAUUUUCCCGCGAUGCAAGUCUCAGGAAUCACUUGGUAAAUUUAUAUUCCAAGUGUUGUCGUUUUGGGUACGCCCGCAAGCUGGUUGAUGAAAGUUCUGAACCAGAUGUGGUUUCUUGGUCUUCUUUGGUAUCUGGAUAUGUGCAAAAUGGGUUUGUGGAGGAGGCACUGUUGGUGUUUAAUGAGAUGCGCUUGUUGGGUGUUAAGUGCAAUGAGUUUACCUUCCCCAGUGUGCUUAAGGCAUGUUCAAUGAUGAGGGAUUUGAACAUGGGGAGGAAGGUUCAUGGGAUGGCCGUGGUCACGGGGUUCGAGUCUGACGGGUUUGUAGCUAACACUUUGGUUGUUAUGUAUGCCAAGUGUGGGCUGCUAGAUGAUUCUAGGAGGUUGUUUGGCGGAAUUGUGGGGCGAAAUGUUGUCUCAUGGAAUGCCUUGUUCUCUUGUUAUGUGCAAAGUGAGUUGUGUGGUGAGGCUGUGAAUUUGUUUAAGGAAAUGUUGAGCAGUGGAAUAAGGCCUAAUGAGUUCAGCAUUUCCAUCAUAUUGAAUGCCUGUGCAGGGUUGCAGGAUGGCAGUCUUGGAAGGAUGGUUCAUGGGCUUAUGCUAAAGAUGGGGCUUGAUUUGGAUCAGUUUUCUGCGAAUGCAUUGGUUGACACGUAUUCUAAAGCAGGGGACAUUGAAAAUGCAGUUGCUGUUUUUCAGGAAAUUGCACACCCUGAUGUUGUUUCUUGGAAUGCAGUUAUUGCUGGUUGUGUUCUUCACGAUCGUAAUGAUUGGGCUUUGAUGCUGUUGGAUGAGAUGAAAAGCUCAUGCACUUGUCCCAAUAUGUUCACGUUGUCCAGUGCUUUAAAGGCCUGUGCUGCAAUGGGGUUCAAGGAGUUGGGUAGACAGUUACAUUCUAGUUUGAUAAAGAUGGAUGCUGAUUCAGAUUUGUUUACUGCUGUUGGACUUAUAGAUAUGUAUUCCAAGUGUGAAAUGAUGGAUGAUGCAAGAAGAGCUUAUGAUUCAAUGCCAAAGAAGGAUGUUAUUGCAUGGAACGCUUUGAUCUCUGGUUACUCACAGUGUGGUAAUGACUUAGAAGCAGUUUCACUUUUUUCUAAAAUGUAUAAUAAAGAUAUAGAUUUCAACCAAACUACUCUGUCAACAGUUCUCAAAUCCGUGGCCAGCUUGCAGGCAAUUAAGGUGUGUAAGCAGAUUCAUACAAUUUCCAUUAAAUCUGGAAUUUAUUCAGAUUACUAUGUUAUAAACAGUCUUCUUGAUGCAUAUGGAAAAUGUAACCAUAUAGAUGAAGCUUCAAAAAUAUUUGAAGAGCGCUCUUGGGAAGAUUUGGUAGCUUACACAUCCAUGAUUACAUCAUAUUCUCAAUAUGGGGAUGGGGAGGAGGCUUUAAAGCUAUAUUUACAAAUGCAAGAUGCAGAUAUCAAGCCAGAUCCAUUUAUCUGCAGUUCUCUUUUAAAUGCUUGUGCAAAUUUGUCUGCAUAUGAGCAAGGGAAACAGCUACAUGUCCAUGCCAUCAAGUUUGGAUUUAUGUGUGAUAUUUUUGCCAGCAAUUCUCUGGUUAAUAUGUAUGCGAAAUGCGGAAGCAUCGAGGAUGCUGAUCGUGCUUUUUCUGAGAUACCUAACAGAGGAAUAGUUUCAUGGUCUGCAAUGAUUGGAGGAUAUGCUCAGCAUGGCCAUGGUAAAGAGGCUCUUCAGUUGUUCAAUCAAAUGCUCAGAGAUGGUGUGCCACCCAACCAUAUUACUCUAGUCAGUGUUCUUUGUGCAUGUAAUCAUGCUGGUUUGGUAAAUGAGGGAAAACAAUAUUUUGAAAAAAUGGAGGAAAUGUUUGGGAUUAAACCCACACAAGAGCAUUAUGCUUGCAUGAUUGAUCUCCUUGGACGAUCUGGGAAAUUAAAUGAAGCAGUGGAGCUUGUAAAUUCCAUUCCAUUUGAGGCCGAUGGCUCAGUUUGGGGGGCCCUUCUUGGAGCUGCAAGAAUCCAUAAGAAUAUCGAACUUGGUCAGAAAGCUGCAGAGAUGCUUUUUGAUCUUGAGCCAGAGAAAUCUGGUACACAUGUUCUCCUUGCAAACAUCUAUGCCUCUGCAGGGAUGUGGGAAAAUGUUGCCAAGGUUAGAAAGCUUAUGAAAGACAGCAAGGUAAAGAAGGAGCCUGGAAUGAGUUGGAUUGAGAUCAAAGACAAGGUAUACACUUUCAUUGUUGGAGAUAGAAGUCAUUCUAGAAGCGAUGAAAUAUAUGCUAAAUUGGAUCGGUUGGGUGACCUUCUAAGUAAAGCAGGAUAUAGUCCCAUUGUAGAGAUUGAUAUACAUAAUGUGAACCGAAGUGAAAAGGAGAAGCUCUUAUAUCACCAUAGUGAGAAACUAGCUGUAGCCUUUGGAUUGAUUGCUACGCCACCUGGAGUGCCUAUUAGGGUGAAGAAGAAUCUACGAAUUUGUGUUGACUGUCACACCUUUUUCAGAUUUGUAUGUAAAGUUGUUUCCAGGGAAAUUAUUGUCAGAGAUAUUAAUAGAUACCACCAUUUUAAAGAUGGAACAUGUUCUUGUGGUGAUUAUUGGUAAUAUCACCAAGAUGGCACAUUCUUUCAUUUUCACAAGCUAAAUAGAUCCUUUUAUCUUUAUUACUGCAGCUGUUUCAUGACUAAAGUGGGUAUGUCAAUUGAAACACACUGAUGGUAUUUUUUUUUUUUUUUUUUUUUGGUUUGAAAAGGUGAUAUAACUCUUUUCUACCGAGUCAAUCCUUAUAGGAGUAAAGUGUUACUUCCGGUUACAAUUACAUGUUCAAGGUAGGGAACGAAUCCCAGACCUUGACUUAAUCACUUUUGGUACACUUAUUGGUAUAAUUAUUUUGAAGUCAAAUAUCCAAUUUACUUGAGCUUCAUUAUUAUUUCAUAUUAGAGUAUUGCAUUUUACUCCAUAUUGUGGUUUACUGGUAGUGACAUUUGUCUUAGUAAAUAUCAGAGUGAGUUUAGCAUAACUCUCUAUCAGGAUGUUAGUUUGCUUACUUUGUACUCUUUUAGUGAGUAGCGUACUUUGUACACUUGUAAAGUAGCAUGUCUUGUACACCUAAAACAACUGUGUAAAAUAUGGUUGGUUACUGUAACCAAAACACAUUUCAAUAUCAAUAAUGUUGUUUUUCUUUCAUCUUUAUCUUCAACACGGUAUGAAGAGAGAUUAUUGAUCACUGAUUUAUGUCUUCCACUUUUCCUCCUCCUCUCUCAGCCAUGUCUCCAAACACUGUAACUUUCUCUCAUGCAGUCACGGAGAAACUUGACUCCAAAAACUACUUUCUAUGGUGUCAACAAGUGGAGCUUGUAAUCAAAGGUCACAAACUACAGUGAUUUCUGACUAAUCCUCAAAUUCUGCAAAAAUAUUUCAUUAUCGAAGAUAGGGACGAAGAUUCUGUUGAAGAUUAUCUUGCAUGAGAGUAGCAAUAGCAACUCUUAUCAACCAAACUUUUCUAACCCUAAUCGUGGAGGCAGCAAGCACGACCAUGAACAUGAAGGCUCUUUUUGGUACCAUUGUUUUGAGGAAAACUAUGCCCCUUAAGUUACUCUUAACCAAUCAGCAAUUCAUGAGUCCAUAUUGGUUUGUUCCACCGUGGAAGUGAUGGAACACAUCCCAACAAGAUCAAUAUGCAGAUAUUCUCACUAAAGCUCUAUCCCCUACACAGUUUCAACAUCUACAGGCCAAGCUCAGAGUGGACUCCUCUACUUCUCACUCCUGCUGAGCUUGUUGGGGUAUUAGAGGGGUUGUCAAAGAUGUUCAUAUGUGCAAGUGCAAUCAAUAAAACUGAGAGUUCCUGCUCACAUGAUGUUUUUACUUCCGUUGUUGAAUCCAAGAACAAAAAGGUGAUGCACUCUUCUCAUACAAAGGGUGUUGUCGAAUAAUAUACAACAACAAAAGUACAAAACAAAUUAGAAUCAACCACCUACUAAUGAAACAUCAGAAUACUGCAAGAUGGAUUAGGACCAUCUAGAGUUUCAUAAGAAUUGCAAGAAUGUGCAAUUUAAAUUCAACUUUUUAUUACAUUUUUUUUUGUUACAAGGUAAAUUAUUUAUAUGGUUGAAAUGCAGGGAGCAUAACAUUUCUCCUUUUAGGGCCCAAGAGCAUUCACAACUACAGUUUGCCACCAGUUUUUUUACCAAGGUGGUUAAUUCAAAUCUUGUGCACGAGUGAAAAACUCUACCAGGGAAAUACAUGUUAGAGAAAUGCUAUCAUACAUAUACAUUUUUUGAAAUAUAUUUUGAAUUAUUAAAUUGAAUUUUAUUGAAAACCACUCAAGAUUUUGUAAUUUGUAUUUGUAAUAAAUUUUGACUAAUAAAUAGUGUCUCAAUAAGAAUGUGUAAAAAAGCAUUCCUUACAAAUAGUUAGUUUAAAUAGGAUUAUGCGAGUUUAGAAAGAAUAAAUAUUUUUUAUAGUUGAAAGAAGUGCUAUAAAACUCAAACGGUCAAAUAGUAUCAGUUAGUGAGAGCUAGUGUCUCAGUUGAACCCUGUGUAUGAUUAAAAACAAAAAAAUAUUAAAGGUUCAAUGUUCAAAGCUCCAAGAAAAGAAAGUGAUAGAUUCCUG